AUGGUCAUGUCUCCUUGCUAUUCCCAUAUUCACAAGCUCAUUACCAUAAACACAAACGGACAGAAGAUGAAAGACCAUAUUGGAGGAUAUGUGUUGAUACUUGCCGUGAUGGCGUCUGUUAUAUCACAUCAGCCUGAGUUGGUGACCGGGCAAGCUAGAGUUCCGGCUAUGUUUGUACUUGGAGACUCCUUGGUCGAUUCUGGGAACAACAACUUUCUACAAACUGUAGCUCGAGCCAACUACCUCCCUUAUGGCAUCGACUUGAACUUCCGUCCUACUGGCAGGUUUAGCAACGGCUUGACUUUCAUUGAUCUGCUAGCUCAGUUGUUAGGAAUUCCACCGCCUCCUGCCUUUGCGGAUCCAACUACAGCAGGCUAUAGAAUCCUCCAAGGAGUUAAUCACGCGUCAGCAGCUGCUGGCAUCCUCGAUGAAUCAGGCUACAACUAUGGGGCAAGAUACAGCCUGAGCCAGCAAAUGGUAAAUCUAGAGACUACACUGAGCCAAAUAAGAACAAUGAUGAGCCCUCAAAACUUUACUGAUUACUUGGCAAGAUCGCUUGUGGUUCUAGUUUUUGGAAGCAAUGACUAUAUCAACAACUACCUUAUGCCUAAUUUCUACUCCUCCAGCUUGAGAUUCAGACCGCCUGAUUUUGCCAAUCUACUUCUCAGUCAAUACGCUCGCCAGCUUCUUACGCUGUACCGCCUAGGUCUAAGAAAAAUAUUUAUACCUGGAGUAGCACCACUAGGCUGCAUACCAAACCAACGAGCCACCGGCGCUGCACCACCUGGGAGAUGCGUUGACAGUGUAAAUCAGAUUCUAGGCACAUUUAACCAAGGCCUAAAGUCACUUGUUGACCAGCUGAACCAGCGAUCACCUGGAGCCAUCUAUGUAUAUGGUAACACAUAUAGCGCAAUCGGUGACAUCUUAAACAACCCAGCUGCUUACGGAUUCAGCGUAGUGGACAGGGCUUGUUGCGGGAUUGGGAGGAACCAAGGGCAGAUCACAUGUCUACCAAUGCAAACUCCUUGCCCUAACAGGAAUCAGUACGUCUUUUGGGAUGCAUUCCAUCCGACUCAGACUGCUAACUCCAUUCUGGCUAGAAGAGCUUUCUAUGGCCCUCCUUCCGACGCAUACCCUGUCAAUGUCCAACAGAUGACACUCCUUCGCUAGUUUCUUUUUUUUUAUUGUGCUCCUCGUUCUUGAAGUUUGGAUGUUAUGAUAGUUGAAUCUGUCUCAGUAAAAAACUGAUAUCAAAAUGCUUUUAAUGAAAAAAGGGCAGAAGCCCUAUGAUUAGAAGUCU